AUGACGUACCUUUGCAUCUCUUUGUCACCAUCAAAUGAUACUUUGGCUGUGGCUAAAAAUGACAAAGCUGUUUUCCUGGCCAGCAGAUGGAAUAAGCCAUCAGAUAGCCAGCCAAGUACAAAAUAUGAAAUCGUGUGGAGUGGUAGUCUUGCUACAGAGGAAGGGGAAUGUAUUACAGAUAUAUUGUGCAUACCAUUGGCUUCUCAACACAAAAGUUCUCAAGGAUCACCAGACUGGACUUGCAUUGUGGCUGGAUUUACAUCAGGAUACAUGAGGAUCUAUUUACAGAAUGGAUCCCUUUUGCUGUCACAGUUUCUUCAUGAUAACCCAGUGUUAAGGCUUAAAUGCAGAACUUGGCAAUCAUAUAAAAAUCAUGGCACUGCUGAGCAGGUUGAAGAACUUGCCAUCCUGUACCCAACUGCAAUGGUUAUUAUUGAUGGUUUUAGUCUGUAUCAGUCACUGAGAGCUUGCAGAAACCAACUGGCAAGAGCUCAAGCCAGUGGCCUAUCUGAACUCAUUGGUCCCCCUCCUCUUGCUUACAAAAAAUGGAGAUUUGAUGGUCAAGGGCACAUCACAGAUAUUGCUAGUUGUGGUGUUGUACCCCCUAAUAUGUUUGAUCAGUUGCAAACAGCCUCAUUCAUUGGAGGUUUCCAUGCAAGCAUCAGAGGUACCAUGCCAGCCAUGUCUCACUACAUCAGCACAGGGAAGGAGCCGUUUGUGGCAGUCUACACUUCUCUGGAGGGUAGUUCACCUCCUCUUAUUUCUGAUGUUGCACUGGCAGUAGCUAGCAAAUUAACAACAGCAGUACUGUCAAAGCUCUCAGCAGCAAGUGGUUGGCUUGGAUGGGGUACCAACCCUGCCCGUCAGUCAACUGAAACAACAAAACCUGCAAAGCCCAAGGUGGAGAAAGGAACUUCGUUACCAGCAAGAUUUGGGUUGCCUGAUACACAUCGUCAUGGAACAAGCAUCACACUAGCUCCUAAUGGGCGUUUGGCUGUCACAACUGAUGAUUUUGGUCGAGUUAUGUUACUGGAUGUUAAAAAGGCCAUUGUGAUUAGAAUAUGGAAAGGUUACCGUGAUGCUGAAUGUGGCUGGGUAAUGGUUAGUGAGGAGGAUCAUCAAGAGGAGGAACCACCCAAGAGCUCAUUGAGAACAGCUCUGUUUCUUGUUAUUUAUGCCACAAAGAGAGGAAUCCUCGAGAUCUGGAGAACUGAACAGGGGCCACGUGUGGCUGCCUUUAAUGUUGGAAAGGAUUGUAGGCUCUUGUAUGCUGGACAUGGAAUCAUGGGAUUAGGUCAUGUGAUCAAGCAGGGGCAGGCUCUCCCACAGCACACACUGAAUUGUACUCUAAUCCAAGGGGAUGGUACAUUGAAAACUUUCACUGUACCAUUUCACUGUGCCCUGAGUGACAAGCACAGUAAGAGAGUCAGAGAUCUACACCUUUUAAAAAAACUGUCAGCUCUUUUGGAUUCAAUCAAAUCUGGCCAAGAGUCCAAGGCAGAGAACAUAAACAAACUGGAAAAGGAUUUGUUAAAUAUUCUCAGUGAAAUACAAACUCCACAACUGCAUCAGCAGGGUCUUCAGUGUGUUUUGUCCACUGUGGGAAUUCCUUCCUCUGUCCUUCUCAAAGCUGUGACAGCUGUCAAGGACACAGUUCAAAAGCAAAAUCACACCUCUGAUGAUCAUGAAGAAGAAAAAGAAGACACCAAGUCACUCGUGGACUUUUGUGAUGUUCAGAGGCAACUAAUAGAAACACAUGAUUCAAUCCAAAAGCUUGACAAAGAAGAAGAAUCAGGCUCUGAGGAGAAACCCUGGAAAGGAAAGAGUAAAGAACUAUCUAUAGCAAAUCUCCUUGGAGUGACAAAAUCUGAAGCAUCAGAGCUACUGUCUGUGGCUCUCAGAGGAAGCAAGACAACCACACCCAAGGUUACAGCCCACUCUGUUCCUCAGCUGUCUGUGUCAUCUUUCCUUGGUUGUUUUGAGUACACUUCAGCUCACCAACAAGGCCAAGAAACAAAUGCUAAAAACCAAGAGAACAUAGCUGGGUCAUCUAGAGUUGUAUUACCUAAUACUGUUGGUGUUAGGAAAGGCUUGUCCACUGAUAUUACAAUUCAACUAGCAAGCUUUCUUUUCAAGAACUGCCUUUUAGGGGAUUGUUCGUCAAGCAGAUUAGCAAUUCCUUUUGAGUCAUCUGGCAUUAAACCUCACCACCUAAUGAACCUGUUGGUGUCUGGGUGGCUGUUAGACCCGGAUCAGCGCUAUGACAAAGAAGAAUCCAUGUUUCACCUUCACUCACUGGUUUCAACAAUGAGUUCUUUAUCAGGAGGCUUACCGAGCGAGAUGUCUUCAUCGCAGUUACAUGACAACGAUAUUUCACCUUGGUGGGACAAUGUACGUCAAACUCUGGCCCAGUCUACCUCGACAAGCAGGGCACUUUUUCUUGCUGCAGUUUGCCGAUCUGUGGCCUUGGAAAUCAGUACAGCAUCAAAGAAAGUUGAGGACGAAGGGGACGCGGCUGACAGGGAGGAACUGGCCGCUGGAGACUGGAUUUCAGUGUCAGUUGAGAUGGAACGCUGGAACUUACUUAUCUGUCAGCUGACCGAUUUGCAAGCUCUGGCAGGCUUCAUCAAACGAUUGACGGUUAACAGUCAGAAAAGCAAGCAAGCUGUUGAUAACAGUGGGUCGCCUAAUCUUUCAGUGGUCGAGUUCUUGAGUAGCGGCCCUGACGCAGCUUCGAAAAUAAUAUCGAAGUACAUCGUACAAUGUGACAUCCCUGCAAAUCAUCUGGGAACUCCCCAUGUACCAAGGAAGACGGAGACUGAAAAUCUGAGCGAGACUGGAGACGAUGACCUGCCUGACGUAGACCCUGAAACUGUAAUCCAAGUCGAACUCGAAGGUCUUAGUGAGUUGCGUCUGAGGUUUCCGCAUGGUCUAGAGCAAGAUGUACUGUGGGCUCAUUGUGUUAUGGAGUGUGUCACUUACUGGCACAGCAACAAAGAGGAAACCAACAAGUUAUUCUUAGCUCUGGAGCAUUUGAAAUGUAUUCACGUUCCUGCGUUGCAACAUGGCUUGGCAGUCACGACAUGGAAGAGAUUCUUCAAAGAUAAGAUAUCCGCCACCGUUAUCCUAAUGCAGAAGGUUGGAAAAGCACCCAAAGAUCGACUGUGUCGAAAGACAGUGGAUUUAAGUUUUGGUGCGUUGGUGCAGUUCCUUAAGGCCACUUUACUUCUCCUGGAUGUAAUAGCUGAGGUGGAUUGGAUGGAAUCUCAACUAAUAACUUUGGAAACAGAAGAUUUCUGGCACACUGGUGAAACGGGUACAGAGUCCCUUAUUGAAGAGGCACAGGAGAAGCCAAAGAGUGAGGGACCACUGGUCCAGCUCCAUGCCAAGCUGGUCACUGUUUUGUGGAUUGUAAUGGGACUGGACAUGAAGAGCGUUAAACCGCUGACCCUCUUCGAUACAAAGAGCAAGGACUCUUUUAUGAGGGAUCUCAGCUCUAAUCGUCCUCUAUCGUCUAAUGAUGUCGACAAAGCCAUCGUUGAGACAAGAGAAAAGUUCUUCACUCGAGCCCUGUCCUUCACGGUGAGCGCUAUGUUGGCCCAGUCUCCCAACCCGGUUCUCAGGCGAGAGAAUAGUGAUACUGACAACAAGGGAACGGUACCCGAAACAGCUACCUGUGAUUGGCCGGCCGUGAUCUACAAGCUUGUAGAGCAGUUUGGGAUGGACAGUGAUCCAUUUAAGCGACAUUAUGUGCGGGAAUUGUACUCCGCUGGUUUUGACGAGAUUGCAAAACAGACCAUGUUCUCAGUUCACGACCAGCGGGCCUUGGCCUCUCACCUUUUAAGAGUUGUGGGACAGCGACUAGCAUACAUGAUCUUAGAUGCGUCAGAGUCAGCUGAACGCGCUAAUCGAUUGUCUCGUCUACCAACUCAGAUAAGCAGCUGGAUCAGAUCACAAGAUCCUUCAAGGUUAUCCCGUCGUAUGGUUCCCCUGUCACACACUGUGGACCUUCUGCGUGUGGUGCUCAGUCUCACACCGGAAAAUUCCCCCGACUACUCACUCACUUCCGGUCUAACCGAAACGAUCAAAUUCCUCCUUUAACCCUUAAUAUAUACCUUAACAUCAGUAUGCAUAUUCUCCAUACUGUUCUCUUUACAUUUCCCAAGGUGCUGGCAAGGAGAAUUUGUUUAACAAUCAAGAGGUACUUUUUUGGUGAUCAUUUCCUCUAGUAAUGCAGUUAGGAGAAUUAACAAGUCAGUCACUCCUAGGGGUCAAGGGUUAAAAGAGUAAAAAGGGUCUCAAUGGUUACUUCACUGACCAGUGAGCGGUCAAACGUGCCCUGUGAGCUGUCAUUCAAAAUUAACCUCAAGAAAAACGAAUAACGAUUUAUUUUUACUCCACUGACUUAAGAUUUGUUCCUAAGGCCAGGAAAGCUAAUUUAUGGACGCGAAAGAUCAACGGCCUUGAUUAGGCUCGAUUACCAGCCGCUCUUGGGGGAUAUGAGCCUGCGCCCUUUUCCCGAACCCAUAGUCUCCUCGGGGAGGAGCGAAGACUGGGCACGAGAGAGAGCAGCGAAAAUCGAGCCUACGGCCCCCCGUGGAUCCAUCAUACAUUUUAUUCAGUUGCAAGAUGAUCCUCCUCAAGAGUGACAAAUGAGUUCAAAUUUCUCGAUUUUCUGAUAAGUAGUUUUAAAAAUUAUGAAAUUCCUAUACAUCUAGUUCAUAACUUAGUGGCCGACGAACUUAGGUAGACAACCAAUUUUAAAAAGCAUAGUUUAUUAGAAAAUAAUUAUUUCAGCGAAGUAGGAGAAAAUUAUGAGAAAAUGCCUGAAGAUGCAAAAUGCACACGCAAAAGAAUUAUAGAAGUGUGCGAGCGUAAAAGCGGUUAGGAAGGGUUUCUGCCGAAAGAAAAUGAAUUCAAUUUAGAACAAAAUGAAAUUGAAAGGCAGCUCGGAAUAGUGCAUAGUGAAAAUGAAAGAAGACGAACUUCCGUCUUUUGAAUUAUCUUGAAUUAUAGCGCUUUUAUAUUUAUAUUUGCGCAAUCAGACUUUGGCCUUUGGAUGGAGAUCUAUUUUGCGUAGAGGCCAGCUGUCUUACAGGUGAUAAGCCUUUAGGGCCGGGAAAGAAGUUCAACUCUACUUUUUCUAUUUAAGUAGUAAAUUUAAAGAACUUAGGCUAAAGACUGCCCUGAGACACUUUAAUAUCAUUGGGUAGGCCAGUCAGUUGUAGCGCCUCUGGGUGCAAUUACAGUUGUAGUCCCCAGGCCCCUCAGGCACUUGGCCUCCAUUUGCGACGUGGGCGUUAAUAUCACUCAGGGUGAGACGUUUUCUAGAAGCCUUCCAAUAUCCAUAGUUUAACUAGUAAAUUUACAUGUAAGUGGAAGAAAGUGCCAAGUGUAGGUUAUAGUAAAAUGUUUAUGGUCAUAAGUCUCUUUGAAGGUUGAAGUUUAUUAAACAAUGUUUCUGUUAGAUUUUAGAGAAAUAUUUGUUAGAUAUAG